AUGAUUGGUGUGUUUGUAGUCGGAGCAACGUUGAGUGUGUGUUCUUCCCCCCCAGGACUCGACGGAUUGUCAGAGAGGUGCGCUCAGUACAAGAAGGACGGCUGCGACUUUGCGAAGUGGCGCUGCGUACUGAAGAUCGGGCACAACACCCCGUCUCCACUCUCCAUCCUGGAGAACGCCAACGUACUCGCCAGGUACGCAAGCAUCUGCCAGAUGAACGGUCUCGUUCCGAUCGUCGAGCCGGAGAUCCUCCCCGACGGAGACCACGACCUUCGAAGAAGCCAGAAGGUCACCGAGAAGGUGCUGGCUGCCUGCUACAAGGCCCUCAGCGACCACAACGUGUACCUGGAGGGAACACUGCUGAAGCCGAACAUGUGCACGCCCGGCAUGGGAUGCGCGAUGAGGGCGACGCCCGUGGAGAUCGGCAUGGCAACCGUGACGGCUCUGUCUCGCACCGUGCCCCCGGCAGUUCCAGGAAUCACCUUCCUCUCCGGAGGACAGUCUGAGGAGGAAGCCACGGCCAACCUGAACGCCAUCAACCAGGUGCCAAUCAAGAGGCCGUGGACGUUGACCUUCAGCUUCGGCCGCGCCCUUCAGGCGUCCGUGCUUGCCGCGUGGGGCGGAAAGACGGAGAACAUCAAGGCAGGACAGAAUCAGCUGAGGACGCGCGCUAAGGCCAACGGUGAGGCAGCCAUGGGCAAGUUUGGUGGCGGAGCAGCCAGCGCCGCUGGCGGACAGUCUCUGUUCAUCGCCAACCACCAGUACUAGAGGGCAGCACUUGUCUAACAGUGCUUCGCAGGCAGCGACGUGAUUGGUUAGAAUCAUGUUAAACGUUUCGUGCAUCUUUUCCGUCAAAUGGCUGUUAUAAUUUCAAGAGUUUAUCCAGCAGUUACAAACGAUUGUCGGGGCAUGCCGUAUUGUUGCAUACAACAGCACAAAUGUGAUCUGCAAAACAAUCCGUAGACUCGGUAACAUUGGCAUGUUGCUAAUUUCACUUACUAUUCUGUAUUGAUGUGUUGUUGUUAGUUGGAAGGUUGCACAUAGAUAAUAACAUCAACGUAUUUGGACAGCCAUGUUUAUAUACAUAAAGAUCCAACACUCUGUUCUGGCCCUCACCACCUAGUAAGAACAACAAUUUAUUUUAAGGUGCAAGAUAUUCUAUGCAUGGGCCGAUCUUACAGAAACAACACCUAAGUAUGAGCCUCGUGUCAAUUGUUAUAAUUCCAUCGCGAUGAGUUUAAUAUUGGAAUGAAUCUAUGUUUGUGUUCUUGGCAAUGAUGUCAGUUGUUUGCUGGAUGAAUUAGGCACUUGGCUGUGUAUAGUUGCAUGGGAUGUUACCAAAAAUGUUACUGGAAAUAUUUACUUGAGCAUUUCAUGUAAAUCGCUAGACUCUAGUCUAUUCCUUCAGAUAAAACGGUUAGUCAAUAACGUUAUUUCGUGAACAAUGUGAAAUCCUUGCUUUCAGCGGCUGGCUAUAUAGUGGCCUAAUAAUGUUGAUAAUAUAGAUCUCAAAAUGUCAUUUAUGUGUCUAUCCUAACAGGGCUGGCAUGAAAAAUAAACUUACAAUUCUUAGCUCACACUGAAAAUAGUCAUUGUUAUUGCUGUAUCAUUUAUACAUUACCAUCGUACUGCACCAUUCUCUAGCAAUACAUGAAAUAGUCCUCAGUCACGUAGCUGUUCAAGUAAAGUGUACUGUAACAGUUCUUGUUAAGCAAUAAAUGUUGAGGUUUAUGUGUACAU